AUGCCAUCGUCAAAUCGUCCAGACACCAGGUUUUCUGCCAUCAAUAACAAGACCAUCACUGCAGCUCACGUCUAUGAGCUACUCACCUUCAGAGGAAUGUCUUGUGUCUAUAGUUCAUGGAUUUGGGACCGGAUCAUUCCCCUCAAGCACCGUGUCUUCUUAUGGCUCCUGUUCUGGGGCCGGCUCAAUACUCGAGAUAAUAUGAUGAAGAAACAUUGGACGUCGAUUGUGACACAAAAGGAUUGUGUUAUCUAUCCUGCUCCUGAAUCUGCAUCGCACCUGGUGCUACGUUGCUAUCCAGCUUCAGUGAUUUGGGACGUGUUCGGCCUGAAUGACCUUGCCUCCAGUUCUCUGGACCUCCUCAGCUUUGUGGAGCAAGCUGAACAGCGUUGGCCAGCCACUAGUAAGUUUCAUAUUCUCUUUGCUGCCCCCGCUGUCACAACAUGGCACGCCCGGAAUGACCGGGUUUUCAACUCUAAGAGAUGGUCCUCGGCUUAUAUAAAACAGUACGUGACACAGUUGCUUCAUCUUUGGCAAAGUAGGAGCCGUGAGCAGGAUGACAACGAUGCUAUGGACGCGUGGACACAUUGCCUAGCCUAG